AGAGGUCACUAGAGAUGAUGAAGACCGUUUUGUCAAAUCACGUGAACGCACCUCAUUUCUACCAUGUGACUCGCAACAGCUGAUCGGCAGGCGGAACCACGGGAAAACAUGGCGCCUUUGCUGGAGCGGUUACCUGUGACAGAUUGUCUGAAACUGUGCCACAGGGUGGUGGAUGGACUGUGUGGACGGGAGCCUCCCUGCAGAGGGGAUUACAGCACCACUUGGAGCCUGGAGGAGUGGCUGGAGCUGCUCAACUUCCUGACAGCUCUGUUCCGCCUGGCGGUGGGGAACAACAGCUCUGAUGAAGAGGUGCUGGCCGGGCUGUCAGGUGUGGGCAGCAGCCAUGCAGAGGCUGUGCUGAGUGUGCUGAGAGCCAGACGAGAGGAGAUCCACCGCGCUCUGGUGGACAGAACCAACUCCAUUUCUUCUGCUACUCUGCAGGACUUUGACUGGCAACUUAAGCUAGCUCUGUCCAGUGAUAAAAUCGCAUCCCUCCACACUCCUCUGCUCGGUCUCAGUCUAGACGUGAGAGAAAACGGAGCCCUCCGAUCUGUCACCAUGGAGAUGAACAGAGAGGAGCUGAACACGCUCAUCAGUUCACUUGAGGCUGCCAAUAAGGUGGUGCUGCAGUUAAAAUGAUUGAAAGAUCGUGGCCCCCGAUCCUGUUUCGGCCCGUGACUACAGGAAGCCCAACGAAUGGAUGUCCUGUUGUCAAAAAAAAGAUUCUUUGUGGUGAUUCCAUGUGUUGAAGACACAGAGACAGUUUUUCAGACAUAAUGAUCUGAUGAGUUCUGUCCUGAAUUUCAGUCAUGCAUAUGAGCAGUUGUAUGCUCUCAGUUUGUUUUUGUAAGGCAGUGUUGUAUCAUGAACAUGUCAAGUAAAUGUUGCCUUGUCUUUUUGA